AUGCCGCUUGCUUUGACUUUACCAAGCUCUGCAGGGGUAUGUAUGUUGCUGAUGGUGUCAAAUCUGCUCCUUUGGGAGCAUGUGGCCUCCAAACCAAGUGGCUUUGUGUCCAUUGAAGACCUGUAUUAUCGAGGGGUUGAUCAGUCUCAUGCCACAUAUUUUCUGGCUGCAGAUUUAUACCAUGAAUUUGACAUGAAAUAUUUCAAUAGCAGUUGGAUCAAGUACAGGACGCUCAGCCCAUGCCACACUGCUUCCAUCCAUACUCCACAAUCUCGAGAGGAAGCCCAUGAAACAAAAACUGAAGACUUUCUCAAAACAAUGAUCAAUAUUUCCCAUGCCUGGGAAGAACCGCUGAAACUCCUGAUUUCUGCAGUGCCCACCCUCCCUGGAGCUUCUGAUAAAAUGCUUAAAAGAGCCAAUGUUGUGAGGAACAGAACCCGUGUGCUUCAGGAAGGAAUGAAGAUCAUACUUAGCAGGAGCCAGAAGAAAGUUGAAAAUGAUCCCUACCCUGCCUGGUCUGGACUGGCAGACUUGCAGUCACCUGAUGAAGACACUCGCCUUUUUACCCUUUAUAACCUGGUCCGCUGCCUGAAAAGGGAUACUCAUAAGAUCGACGCUUAUUUUAAGUUGCUGAGAUGCCGAGAGGUCUUUAAAAAUGAGUGUUUUACUGAAUGAGUGCUGACUGCAUAACCCUGUAAUGUCCUGCUGACAUGAGC